CCCGCCGCCCGCGCACAAUAAACGCUGGAGACCUGGGCUGCUGUGUCGGGCUGGGGAGGGAGAGCUCUCGCCGCGACCAAUGGCCGUGCGCUGCGCCUUCGCGACGCCUCCUGAUUGGCGGGCAGGAGGGGCAGCGCGCUCUGGUUGGUGGGCGGGAGGGGAGUCCCCGCCCACCAAGGAUGUGCUUGGUUUAAAAGGCGGCGGGCGGCCGCGCAUAUCGCUCAGCUCCGCAGACAUGAGCAGCUCUGCCAGGCCGGACCCCGAGACGCCCGAGGAGCCGCGCUUCCUCAGCGCGGCGGAGGUGGCCACCCUGGAGCGGGAGCUGCUGGAAGAGUACCGUUUCGGGCGACAGCAGCUGGCGGAGCUGUGCGGGCAGGCCAGCGCGGUGGCCGUGACCAAGGCCUUCCCGCUGCCGUCCCUGCCCCGGAAGCAGAGGACCGUGCUGGUCGUGUGCGGCCCCGGGCAGAACGGGGCGGUGGGGCUGGUGUGCGCCCGGCACCUGCGCAUCUUCGACUACGAGCCCACCAUCUACUACCCCACGCGUGCGUGCGCGCCCCUGCACCGGGACCUGACUACGCAGUGCGAGAAGAUGGACAUCCCCUUCCUGUCCUACCUGCCCGCCGAGGUGCAGCUCAUCAACGACGCGUACGCGCUGGUGGUGGACGCGGUGCUGGGCCCCGGCGAGGGCCCGGCCGAGGCCGGAGGCGCCUGCGCACGCGCGCUGGCCGUGCUGAAACUGCUGUCCAUCCCGCUCGUGAGCCUGGACGUCCCCUCAGGCUGGGACGCGGAGGCCGGCGGCGGGGAGGACGGGCUGCGGCCCGCCGUGCUGGUGUCGCUGGCGGCGCCCAAGCGCUGCGCCGCGCGCUUCUCGGGGCCGCACUUCGUGGCCGGCCGGUUCCUGCCCGACGACCUGCGCCGCAGGUUCGCGCCGCGCCUGCCGGACUUCGCGGGCACCGACUGCGUGACGGCCCUGUGA